AGGACACAGCGCAUCCGGCCCGGCGACCCCAGAGGCGCGGAGCUAGGUGCAGCGGGCUGCCUCCGGAGCAAGGCAUCGUCGUCGCGAGCUUCACAAGCCACCUCUCCGAGCGAAACGCUCGCGCGCCCCGCGGGAAGGCAGCCUUCACGAGCCAUCUCCGGAGCCAUCAUGGCUGCCGAGCCGGCCGACGAGGACGUCGAGCGCCACGUGCGCAAGCGCUUCGAGGUCUGCCAGCGCCUGGGCAAGGGCGCCUACGGCGUGGUCUGGAAGGCCAUCGAGCGGCGGUCGCGGAGCACCGUCGCGCUCAAGAAGUGCUUCGACGCGUUCCGCAACGGCACGGACGCGCAACGAACGUUCAGGGAGAUCAUGUACCUGCAGCAGUUGAGUGGGCAUGAGAACAUUAUUCGGUUGCAGCACAUCAUCAAGGCGGAGAACGACAGGGAUAUCUACCUGACUUUUGACCACAUGGAGACGGACUUACAUGCGGUCAUUCGGGCGAACAUCCUCGAAGAGAUCCACAAGAAGUAUAUCGUCUAUCAACUACUGAAGGCCUUGAAAUAUAUGCACUCCGGCGAUUUACUGCACCGCGACAUCAAGCCUUCGAACCUUUUGUUGAACAGCGACUGCCACGUCAAGGUUUGUGAUUUUGGGUUGUGUCGAAGCGUGGCGGAGUGCCAGACGACGACGCAGCCCGCGCUGACGGACUAUGUGGCCACGAGAUGGUAUCGGGCGCCCGAGAUUUUGCUAGGUAGUCCCGUCUACACCAAGGGCGUCGACAUGUGGGCCGUGGGCUGCAUCCUGGGCGAGAUGCUCGGCGGCAAGCCCAUCUUCCCGGGGACGAGUACCGUGAACCAGCUCGAGAAGGUCAUCGAGCUGACGGGCAAGCCGUCGCCCGAGGACGUCGCGGCGUCGGGGUCGCAGUACGCGGAGCGCAUGCUCGAGUCGAUCGGGCCCGUGCCGAAGCGCGAGCUGAGCCUCGGCGGGUCCGAGCCGGCGGGACCGCCUUUAUUACAUGCCUGCCUCAAAUUCAACCCGUCGAAGCGCGUGACGGCGGCGCAAGCGCUCGAGGACCCCUUCGUGGGCGAGUUCCACAAGUCCGAGGAGGAGCCCGACUUCCCGGGCGGCCCCGUGAAGAUUGCUGUGGAUGACAACACGAAGCUGAGCGCCCAGGACUACCGGAACAACCUCUACAUGCAGAUCCAGCAGAUCAAGCGCGAAGCGAAAGCGCGCGCGGCCAAGGCCGCGGCGCCCGCGCCCGCCGCCGCGGGCGCGGUGCAGCAGGAGGGGGCGGCGCCGGCGCCCUAAAGCGUCUUCUUAUGGUAGUGUCCGCCCCGCGUCG